CGUAAAACUGCGCCGAAUGAAUUCACGAACGGUUUACGUCGGUACUAGUGCGUAGUCAUAAUAGAUUUGUGCAUUGAGCGCGUCGCUGGUAAGAAAUACACCUCCAGGUGAGGUCAAAUGCGGUGGAAAAGGGAAACGCAUUGUUGACAGGUGGACGGAAAUAUAUGCCCGACUGUGACGGGAAAGAAAUGGAUUUGAACAAAACGAUUCUAUGUGAGAGCCUGAUAAUUUGGCUGCAGACCUUUCACACUACAGCACCAUGUAAAUCAGUGGAAGACCUGACCAAAGGUGCAUCUAUGGCACAAGCUCUGCACCAGAUAGAUCCAUCAUGGUUUAGUGAGAGCUGGCUCACGCGCAUUAAAGAAGAUGUUGGAGACAAUGUAAGACUGAAGAUGAACAACCUUAAGAAAAUCCUACAGAUGAUUGUUGAUUACUACAAUGAGGUUCUGAAUCAGCAGAUCUCUGGCUUCCCCUUGCCUGACCUGGUGCGGGUAGCUGAGCACGCAGACCCUGUGGAACUAGGGCGCCUACUGCAGCUCAUCCUGGGCUGUGCGGUCAAAUGUGACAGGAAGCAAGAGUACAUCCAGAUCAUAAUGACUCUGGAAGAGUCUGUGCAGCAUGUAGUGAUGACGGCUAUUCAGGAGCUAAUGAGCAAAGAGUCCAUGGCCCAUUUUGGAAGUGAACCACUGGGGGAUGUAGAGCAACAGCUGAAGAAAGCUCUGGAGGACUUGGCCGAGCUGGUGGCAGAGAAAGAGGAGCUGACCCAGCGCUGCCAGGAACUGGACCUCCAGGUGACGGUGCUGCAGGAAGAGCGGAACAGCCUGCUAGCAGAGAACGAUCUCCUGACCGAUCGGGCUAAUCAGCUGGAUUCGUUUGGUGAUCCAAACACCCCAUCAGGGAAGAAGCACAGCCAGCUGCAGAUGCAGCUUGAGCAGCUCCAAGAGGAGAACUUCAGACUGGAAGCAGCUAAAGAUGACUACCGUAUCCACUGUGAGGAGUUGGAGAAGCAGCUAGUGGAGCUUCAGCAUCGCAACGAUGAGCUCACCAGCUUGACCGAGGAGUCCCGUGCACUCAGAGAUGAGCUGGACAUUCUGAGGAGCUGCUCCGACCGGGUGGUGAAGCUGGAGGCCUCCGUGGAAACGUACCGGAAGAAGCUGGAGGAUCUGAGCGACCUGAGGCGGCAGGUGCGGGACCUGGAGGAAAAGAACAUGACCUACAUGCACAACACCGUCAGUCUGGAGGAGGAGCUUCGUAAGGCCAACGCUGCACGUGCUCAGCUGGAGACCUACAAGAGACAGGUUCAGGAACUUCACAGGAAGUUGUCAGAGGAGACACGGAGGGCCGAUAAUCUGGCCUUUGAGAUGAAGAAGUUUCAGGAGAAGCAUGAGGCUCUACUAAAGGAGAAAGAGAGAAUUAUAAUUGAGCGAGACUCUCUGAGAGAGACUAAUGAGGAGCUCCGAUGUACACAAGCCCAGCAGGAUCAACUUUUCCAAGCAGGAAUGUAUAAGACUGGGAGCCCAAGCCAUGACAACUUGGCAGCUGAAAUGUUGCCCAUUGAGUUCAGGGAGAAGUUCAUCCGUCUGCAGCAUGAGAAUAAGAUGCUGCGGGUGCAGCAGGAGGACUCUGAGAAUGAGCGCAUGGCAGAUCUGCAGGAGCAGCUGGAGCAGUCGCGCCGGGAACGCAGCCAGCUGCACACCGACAACAGGCUGAACAGGGAGAGGAUCAGUGAACUGCAGCAGCAGGUGGAAGACCUGCAGAAAGCCCUCCAGACCCAGGGAGCCAAACCUGAGGAUUCUCACCUGAAGAGGAAGCUGGAUGCUCAUAUGGUACAACUGAAUGAAGCACAAGACGAGAUCAUGAAGAAGAAGGAGCUUCUCGAGGACCUUCAGCCAGAUAACACUCAAACAUCAUUGAAGCUGGAGGAGCUGAUGGCUGCUCUGAAGAAGAAGGAUGACGAUAUGAGAGCAAUGGAGGAGAGAUACAAGCUGUACCUGGAGAAAGCACGCAAUGUGAUCCGAGCAUUGGACCCAAAACUGAACCCAGCCUCGGCUGAGAUCCAGUCCCUGAAGAACCAGCUCUCUGAGAAGGAGAAGAAAAUUGUUACUUUGGAGAGAGAGUGUGAGCAGGCUAAACUGAGGGAGUAUGAGGAGAAGCUCAUCGUCACUGCUUGGUACAAUAAGAGCCUGAAUUUUCAGAAGCUGGCCAUUGAGUCACGGCUGACUGGGCGUUCCAACUCCCUGGUGCCUCCUGGGCAGUCCUUCCUGGCCCAGCAGCGGCAGGUGACCAAUGCCCGGCGCACCCUGUCCAUCAGCGUGCCCGCCACCUCCUCUAAGUGAUACAUCUCCUCUCAUACCUCUGCAUCCCCUCUCCCUUGUGCACACUUAAGUGACCUUAAGCACACUUCUCACUAAAGGGACACGCAUGGUACAGUAUGAAAGCUAGCACUUGGGUCUCCAUUUAAACCUCUCUCUCUCUCUCUCUCUCUCUCUCUCUCUCUCUCUCUCUCUCUCUCUCUCUCUUUUUCUUUUUCUCUUUCCACACCCAUGCACAUACAAACACAAGCGCUAAUAACCAGGGGUUUAAUAUCUGAUCACUCAGUGUUCUCCUCAUGCAGACCACCACUCCCUCUUAUACUCUGUUAAUGCCCACACUCACUCCAAUCUGCUACUUAAACAGUGAUGGGCUAACUACUUGCUCUGGGCCAGAAUGUUCCGUGACUCAGAGGUCCGGCCUCUCUGUGAAAGGCCAGUGUGGAGAUAUGACGACCCUUGCAUUUGACCCUCUGUGUUCGUGGGUCAUAUUUGACAAAGACUUAAAAGGGUAGCAUGCAUGCUAAUGGUUAUAAUGGACUUCCAGUGGUAUACUAUGCAGAUUUUAUGUACUUCUAUAGGUCUGUAUAGGUGUGUGUAUCUAGAGAGGUUCUGUCACUCUCUUUACAUUCAUGCAUGCAUUCCCAUAAAAUCAGCUACACCAACGGAUAUGGACUAAAGCUUCAGGACAAAGGUAUAUUUGGUGCUGGACACCAAAAGUUCCUUUUUUUUCUACUAUGAAAUCUUUUCUUAUAGUUGAAUACAAGAACUAAACAAUUACACAUGGAAAAAAUACAGAAAUUUGAAGCUAGGUGCAUCAGGCAAUGUUUAGUUAACUAGAGUGUGCUGUUUGUAGUAUUUGUUGUAGUAUUUCUUUUAUACAAUAAUUGACUCUGAGUGGACUCUUGCAUGCUCUUGUGAACAAGAAAAUGCUCUUUUUAGUCUACUGCAGGUUUGCAGUCUAGCUUCAUUGUGUAGGCUAAAGGCCUCUAUCAGGAUUAAAUCACCAGCUCGUGGUCAUAGCAACCCAGCCAAGCCAUUUUUGAUAGGUUGAAAUUCUGUGACCAGUUUUCUGAAAUGUUUUGUUGACUUUUUUUUUUUUUUUGCUGUAGUAUUUAUGAAGACAUACAGCCUGUGUAAUAACCUGUGAAUAAUCCGUACUCCACUGUAGAUUUAGAGUGGUGUAUGCUGUAAACAUCUGCCCUUAAUCUUGGCUGGAAUAAUUUAGGGCUGUAAGGUUCAAAAGGUGAUGCAUUUCAUUUGUGCUGAAAUCUGUUUUACUUUUAGACUCAAUCUAAACUCUUAAUGGCAAGGUUGUAAACUCAACUCUGCAGUUCUGUUUUUAGUUUUCAUUUUAUAACCCAGGCAUUUUGCCUUUGUCUGCUGAAAUUAGUCUGUGUGCUGUUCAGUGAUUUGAUGCAAGGCAAGCUUGUAAAGUCAUGAAUUGGAAUGAUGAGUGAAACUGUCACAAAUGAAGCUUAAUAAAGAUGGAUAAUGUAUGAAUAAUAGUAAUCUAUGGACACCUAUAAUUGCACUUAUUGCCAGAAAUAAAUACUUUUAAAGUUAA